AUUGUCGCACAUAUGCCGCUGAAGCCGCUUGCGUUGCCAUUGCGCGCUUUGUGUUGUGUCUUCGUGUGUUUAUUAUUGUUUGAUUAUUGCAAACUACUGUAAAUUGUUUGUGAAGUAAUGCCAAACUGCACACAUGUUGCCGCUAGGAGAUGACAAAAAGGACCGCUAUGCGAAACUAUCGUUUCUCGGCGAGGGUCAGUUUGCCAUUGUGUACAAGGCACGCGACGUUGUGACCAGCCAAAUUGUGGCCGUGAAGAAGAUCAAGAAGGGCAGUCGCGACGAGGCACGCGAUGGCAUCAAUCGAACAGCGUUGCGUGAAAUCAAAAUUCUGCAAGAGCUGCAGCAUGAGAACAUCAUCGGAUUGGUCGAUGUCUUUGGCCAGUUAUCGAACAUAUCGCUGGUGUUCGAUUUCAUGGACACCGAUCUCGAGGUGAUCAUCAAGGACACCAAAAUCAUCUUGACCCAGGCGAACAUCAAGGCAUACGCAAUAAUGACGCUACGCGGUUUAGAAUAUUUGCACGUCAACUGGAUAUUGCAUCGUGAUCUCAAGCCCAACAAUUUGCUGGUGAAUAGCGAUGGUGUGCUGAAGAUUGGUGAUUUUGGUUUGGCAAAAAGUUUCGGUUCACCGAAUCGCAUCUACACCCAUCAUGUGGUCACACGUUGGUAUCGAUCACCCGAGUUGCUCUUUGGUGCCCGCCAAUAUGGUGUCGGUGUCGAUAUGUGGGCCGUGGGCUGCAUUCUCGCCGAGCUGAUGUUGCGUGUACCCUUUCUGCCCGGCGACUCGGAUCUGGAUCAGUUGACGCGCAUCUUCAGUGUGCUUGGCACACCCACCGAGGCGGAAUGGCCGCAUCUCAGCAAGCUGCACGAUUAUCUCCUGUUUCGCCAUUUCACCGGGACACCGUUGCAAAACAUUUUCACAGCCGCUGGCAAUGAUAUGAUCACGCUAAUGCGCCGCCUGUUUGCCAUGAAUCCCCUAAAGCGUUGCUCGUGCCGCGAGGCAUUAAGUAUGCCGUAUUUUCACAAUAAACCAGCGCCCACAGUGGGUCCCAAGCUGCCGAUGCCAUCGGCCAUAUUGGCGGCCAAGGAAGGUGCUGCGAAUGCAGCGAAUCCGGCACAGGAGAAGCCGGGACUCAAGCGCAAGCUGGUCGAGACAACGGUGCGUGGCAAUUUCUUGCCGCAAAAGAAGAAGCUGUUAUUCUAAAAACCAAAACAAAAACACAAACACAUUUACCAUUACCACAUUGUCAUUACAUAUAAUUUGCACGUUGAGUUCAUUUAACUAAGUUGUAAAAUGCCACACAGAAUAAACUAAGCGAGAAUGGAA